GGGGAGAUGCUGUCGUUCGUGGUCUUCGGCGCGAGCGGGGACUUGGCGAAGAAGAAAAUCUACCCGGCGCUGUUCGCGCUGUAUUACGAGGGACGGUUGCCGAAGAAUUUCAUGAUUUACGGCUACGCGCGAUCGAGCAUGACGACGGAGGAGUUUCGGAAUAAAAUCGCGGAGUCGUUGACGUGUCGCAUCGACUGGAGUAAGGCGGGGGAGAGCGACUGCGCGGCAAAGUCGGAAGAAUUCUUCGCGCGGUGCGUGUACGUGCCGGGUCAAUACGAUCAAGCGAAGGACUUCAAGGCGUUGGACGCGUUGAUGUGCGAAAACGAACGCGCGGUUAGCAGCGUAAAGCGCGUGUUUUACCUGAGCAUUCCGCCGAGCAUCUUUGUACCGGUGGCGCAAAACGCGGCGCGCGAGUGCCAAAGCAAGACUGGGGACACGAGAGUCAUCGUAGAGAAACCGUUCGGGAGAGACUUGACGAGCUCUCGCGAGUUGACCGCGGCGCUCGCGCAAGACUUGAGCGAGGAGCAAACGUAUCGCAUCGAUCACUACCUCGGGAAGGAGUUGAUUGAGAAUCUCACCGUCAUGCGCUUUUCGAACAUCAUGUUCCAACCGCUUUGGAACAGAAACUACAUCCGCAACGUGCAAAUCAACUUUAGUGAAAACUUUGGCACCGAAGGUCGCGGUGGUUAUUUCGAUAACUACGGCAUCAUUCGCGACAUUAUGCAGAACCACUUGCUGCAAAUCUUGGCGCUCUUUGCGAUGGAGGAACCGGCGAGCCUGGACGCGGAGGACAUUCGCAACGAAAAGGUCAAGGUGAUUCGCUGCAUGCGUCCGAUUGAGAUGGAUAAUGUCGCGUUGGGUCAGUACAAAGGACGAGAAACCGAUGGGAAGAAGUAUCCGGCGUAUUUGGACGACGAGACAGUGCCGAAGGGGUCGCUUUGCCCGACGUUCGCCGCGAUGGCUUUGUUCAUCGAUAACGCGCGUUGGGACGGCGUACCGUUUUUGCUCAAGGCGGGUAAGGCCUUGCACAAGCGUCAAGCGGAGAUUCGCGUGCAGUUCCGUCACGCACCUGGUAACUUGUACGGGGAAAGACAAGGUAGAGUUGAGCACGUCACCAACGAGCUCGUGAUUCGCAUUCAACCAGACGAAGCGAUCUACUUGCGUAUCAACAACAAAGUCCCGGGUUUGGGGCAGCGAUUGGAUCAAACGAUUUUAGAUCUCCAAUACAAGAACGCGUACGGUCAAGUUGAGCUUCCGGAUGCGUACGAGCGUUUGAUUUUGGACGUCAUCAACGGCGACAAGCGUCUCUUCAUUCGCAACGACGAACUCGAAGCGGCUUGGAAGCUCUUCACCCCGCUCUUAGACAAAAUCGAAGAGCAAAAGAUCGCACCGGAGCUUUACCCGUACGGAUCUCGUGGUCCGAUCGGCGCUCACUACCUGGCUUCGCGUUUCAACGUGCGAUGGGGAGACACCGAAUAAGCCCGCGCCCGCGCCGCA